UUUGGCCGCACAUUGUUCCUUAUGUUUUUUGAACAAAAACGUGUGUUUGUUGGCAAGUGCGAUUAAUUUUAUUUCUAUUCCAGUGGUAAAUAAUAUUUAAUUGAAAUCUUCAAACGUCCAAUCUGUCCACAUAAUGGCUGGUGGAAAAACAAUACUGCAAUUCCAUGAAAUGGAAUUGGACGAACGUCUGCUUAAGGCUAUUUCAAAGAUGGGAUGGCUUCAGCCCACACUUAUACAGGAGGCUGCUAUACCAUUGCUUUUGGAAGGCAAGGAUGUUGUAGUUCGUGCGCGAACUGGUUCGGGCAAAACAGCUGCAUUUGCUUUACCUUUGUUGCAAAAGUUGCUUAAUUCAAAAUUAAAUGCGUCCGAACAAUGUACUAGUGCAUUGGUUCUGUCACCAAGUAAAGAGUUAUGUCAACAAACACGAACUGCAAUGGAACAAAUGGCUGAUAAAUGUGGCAAAGUUGUACGCAUUGUAGAUCUCUCAUCCAGCGAUGUUGUUGCACAGCAGCAUGUGCUUUCAGAACGUCCCGAUGUGGUGAUAUCCACACCAGCUAAAAUACUCACACAUAUACAGUCUGGAGCGCUGGAUUUGAAAAAUAUCGAAAUUCUGGUUGUAGAUGAAGCGGAUCUGGUAUUUUCUUUCGGGUUUGAAAAAGAUUUCAAAAAACUUGUAGAACAUCUUCCGCCAAUUUAUCAAGCAGUGCUCGUAUCCGCUACUUUAUCAGACGAUGUGAUGAACAUGAAAAAUAUCGUGCUUCAUAACCCAGUUGUUCUGAAACUGGAAGAGCCAGAUCUUGUGCCCGAAAGUCAGCUUUCACAUCAGCGCAUUUCGGCAGAGGAGAACGACAAACCAGCGAUAUUAUAUGCUUUAUUGAAAUUACGUUUAAUUCGUGGCAAAAAUGUAAUUUUCGUCAAUUCAGUGGAUCGCUGCUACAAACUGAAACUAUUCUUGGAACAAUUUCAAAUAAAAUCAUGCGUACUAAAUUCAGAGCUGCCUACAAAAAUACGUAUACAUACAAUAAACCAGUUCAACCAAGGUAUCUAUGAUCUAAUAAUCGCAUCCGAUGAGCAUAUGUUGGAGAAUCCUGGCCGUAAUAAGAGUGAUCGUGAAUCUGGCGCAUCUCGAGGUAUAGAUUUUCACUGCGUUGCGAAUGUAAUAAAUUUCGACUUUCCCAUCGAUGUUAAUUCCUACAUACAUCGGGCUGGACGUACGGCACGUGGCACAAAUAAGGGAAGUGUUUUAUCAUUUGUCAGUUUAAAUGACAAAGAAACGAACGAAGCUGUAGAGGAGCGUCUGCGUAGCGGCUUCAUGAGUGAGGAUCAAGUAAUUAAAAAUUACCAGUUCAAACUGGAAGAAGUUGAACCAUUUCGCUAUCGCGCACAAGAUGCCUGGCGUGCAAUCACGCGCAUUGCAGUACGCGAGGCACGCAUGCGUGAAAUCAGAAUAGAAAUUUUCAAUAGCGAAAAAUUGAAGGGUUUUUUCAAUGAAAACACCAGAGACCUGCAAGUACUGCGUCAUGAUAAACCACUGAAGACGGUCAAGGUACAACCACAUUUAUCACACGUACCGGAGUAUAUUGUGCCAAAAGCACUGAAACGUGUUGCUGUAACUGCUGUAACACGCGCACCCAAACAAUCCCGCGGUUAUCACUCGACAACGAAAGCUGCAUAUGAAAAUCAAAGGGAUAAUCCUUUGCUUUGUAGUGAAAUCGAUUAUGGCCGGAAACGUGGUGGUGGUAAAAGGAAGUAAAAACUUAUCAUUUUUAAUUUGUUUUACUUUUUAAGUUUUAGUGAUAAUGUUGUAAAAUAAAUUAAAAUAUAAAACUUUCUUGCUUUAAUUUUUCACUUACGUACAUACUUCUAUGC